ACAUAAAUUUAGAAGCAGACAUUUAAACCUCUUUUCCCAGUUCUCUUAUUUCUUCUCAAGUCGGCGAUGAGGAGUUUGAAAAUUGCGUCUCCGGCAGCUUCAUCUGAUACUGUUCCCAACGCCAGCACUAGGUUUAUGAAAGCCAAGACAAAGGAAGGAAAAUAUGAGUUUGAUAAAAUUGAUGAUGCUUUGACUUUGUUUAGUCGGUUGGUGGAAUUGGAGGGGAUUAGACAUAAUGUUUUUAGUUUCAGCAUCUUGAUUAAUUGCUUCUGUCGUUUGCAUCUUGCGGAUUUCGAUUUCUCUCCUCUUGUGAAAAUGUUAAAGCUUGGCGUUGAACCUAAGGUUGUAACACUUGGCACCCUUAUCAAGGGGCUGUGUGUAGAACGGAACGUUGCUGAAUCAGUUAAAUCACUUGAUGAAAUGAUUCAAAGUGGACAUCGUCCUGAUUUAAUUACUUAUGGCACAAUAGUAAAUGGUUUGCGCAAAAUUGGGAAGACUAGUGAGGCUGUUGGGUUGCUAAGGAGGAUGGGAGAAUAUGGUUUGCAGCAUAACAGUAUAGUAUACAACAUAGUCAUUGACCGCCUUUGUAAGGAUGGGGUUGUAACUGGGGCUGUAAACCUCUUAUCUGAAAUGAUAGGAAUGUUUUCAACUGCACAUGGACUUCUUAAAGAGAGAGGUGCUUGUGGUCAAGUUCUAGACUCAAGAACUUAUUUGAUUUUGCUGGAUGUCUUAUGCAAAAAGGGUCUCAUUCACGAGGCAUUGAGACUAUUUCAAGUGAUGCAGAAGAAUGGAUUUCAUUUUAAUAUCAUCCAUUGUAAUGUCCUAAUUGAUGGUAUGUGUGAGGCUGGAUUGCUCAAUAUUGCGAGGGAAUUCUUCGGUGGACUAUCUUUGAAAGGCCCACAGCCCAGUGUCCACACAUAUACUAUAAUGAUUAAAGGUCUUUGCAAAGCAGGAUUACAUGACAAAGCAUUGGAACUGUUUCAGGCAAUGCAGAACAAGAAGUUUCAACUUUAUAUCUUCCAUUAUAAUGUCCUAAUUGAUGGUUUGUGCAAGACUGGACAGAUCAAAAUUGCAAGGGAAUUCUUUGGUGGACUCUCUCUGAAAGGCCUACAGCCUAGUCUUCACACAUAUACUAUAAUGAUUAACGGACUUUGCAAAGCAGGAUUACCAAAUGAAGCAUUUGAGUUGUUCAGGAAAAUGGAAGAGGAUGGCUGCUUGCCUGAUGGUUGUUCUUAUAAUACAAUGAUCCAGGGAUUUCUUCAAAACAAUGAUAUGUCAAGUGCAAGGCAACUUCUCAAUCAAAUGGCCAAUGAAAGAGCAGGGUCCACGCACUAUUAACUGGUUUUCAUCAUUUCUUCUACUUUUGCAAGCUUGUGACGGUAAGCAGAAAUCCUUGCAGAACAAUUAAAGGCAAUCAUUUUGUCCCAACCAUUAAUUGCCAGUAUCUGCAGUAGUCUGUACAAUUGAAACGAAGGUAGAUAUCUCUUAUAUCUAAGCUGGGUUGAAUAUGUGAGAUUGUUUCUGAUAUAUAUUAACCUUUUUAGUCUGUGAUUUCUUGUUGACCUUUUGGUUUUGGAGUUGGAUGGCCAAGCUUAAAUACAAGAAGUAAUUGUAC